CUAAUUUAAGUACGAAAUAUUUAUUACAAACCCAACGAAGUAAUAGACAAAAUAAAAUUAUAUUAUGAGCAUUUCAGAGGGGUCUGAUGAAUCGGAUCUUUCCUUUCCAGAUGAGGAGGAUGAGGGUCCAAAUAUCGGCAAAUACAUUGGAGGACGCAAUGCAUCUGGACAGCGUCACGGACGUGGCUGGGCUAUUCUGCCAAAUGGCGAUCAGUAUGAUGGCAAUUAUCGCAAGGGAAGGCGCCACGGCAUAGGGCUAUAUGUCUUUAAGAAUGGCGCUCGUUAUUAUGGCCAGUAUCGAUGUGGCACUCGCUCUGGCCGCGGCAUAUUCAUUUAUCCAGAUGGUUCCGUCUACGAAGGCAACUGGCGCAAGAACCUGAAGCACGGCAAGGGUCGCUAUAAUUAUGCCAAUGGGGAUACCUACUCGGGCGAUUGGUAUAAGGGUCAGCGUCAUGGUGUCGGCAUCUAUACCUUUAAGGCCGAGAAGGACAACUGCUGCAUGACGGUUCGCCUUAAGUCCACUUGGAACAGCAACUUGCGCAUGGGACCCUUUGAGCUGUACAUUGGCAACGAUGACAAGUGCACCAUUCUACACGGACUCUGGGACGAUCUUUAUCCCAAUGGGCCAGCUGUAUUCAGCUUUGAUAAUCGUUAUAUGCUGCUUGGCUAUUUCUUGCCAAGCGAUUAUAGAUUUAAAGAGGCUCGAGCCUCCGGAAAUUUAGAGGAGGACGAAAUCAACUUGGAUGACGAAAUGGGAAAUGAAGAGGAUAACAAAACGGAGCCUAAUGCUACAUUGUGGUUUGCCCAGGAAAUCGCUGUCUAUGACUAUUCCCUACUGCCGCAAGAGCCAGUACCAUUGCCCAUCUCAGAUUCUGAGCUUUCGGUAUGCUCGGUAACCACAGAGGGGAGCAUGCUCAGCCAGGAGAAGUUCAGCUUCUAUGGCGAGGGCGAGGAAGGCGAAGACGAAGGCGAGGAGGUCGAAAUGGAGUGUUUCCCAUGCGAAUGCGACUUUGAGCUCAGUGAAUUUGAUUCGGAAUCCGAACCAUGCAAGAUCGAUGCCAAUCCUUGUGCCAUCGAGGUGCUCAAACAGCCCAAUUGUCCCGAACCAUAGUGUGAAACUAUGUCCAUACAUUUGUUUGUUCAGCUUUAAAAUCCAUGUCAACAAAACGUUUGGCAUUAUAUAUCCCACACAAUUUCUUUGUGAACUAUAAUACUAUGUACUAUAAUAUUAGGUAGGGUAAUGGUAUACAGCGUGUUUAAAUGGUGCAAA